AUGUCGACCGCCGUAGUCGCCGACGCGCUGCCGCCGACGCUGCAAAACAUCCUCGACCAAAAGUCGCUCAAGUGGCUCUUUGUCGGCGGCAAGGGCGGCGUCGGCAAGACGACGACGUCGUGCUCGCUCGCCAUCCAGCUCAGCCGCGUGCGCGAGUCGGUCCUCCUCAUCUCGACCGACCCGGCCCACAACCUCUCCGACGCCUUUGGCCAGAAGUUUGGCAAGGAGGCCACCCGCGUCAACGGCUUCGACAACCUCAGCGCAAUGGAAAUCGACCCCGCCAGCAGCAUCCAGGAGAUGAUCGAGCAGUCCGACUCCCAGGGCGGCGCCAUGGGAAGCAUGAUGCAGGACCUCGCCUUCGCCAUCCCCGGCGUAGACGAGGCCAUGGGAUUCGCAGAGAUCAUGAAGCACGUAAAGUCGAUGGAGUACAGCGUCAUCGUAUUCGACACGGCCCCCACCGGCCACACCCUCCGCUUCCUCUCGUUCCCCAGCGUCCUCGAAAAGGCCCUCGCCAAGUUCUCGGCCCUGGGGCGCAACCUCGGACCCAUGCUCAACCAGUUCACCUCAAUGAUGGGCGGCGGCGGCGCAAACCAGGAGGACCUCUUUGCCAAGCUCGAGAGCAUGCGCGAGGUCAUCAACGAGGUCAACUCGCAGUUUACCGAUCCCGACAAGACGACGUUUGUCUGCGUCUGCAUCGCCGAGUUCCUCUCGCUCUACGAGACCGAGCGGCUGAUCCAGGAGCUGACCCAGUACGAGAUCGACACGCACAACAUUGUGUGCAACCAGCUCCUCUUCCCAAAGAAAGGAUCCAACUGCGAACACUGCCAGGUGCGCAAGUCGAUGCAGGAAAAGUACUUGGCCGAGAUGAUGGACCUCUACGCCGAGGACUUCCACAUUGUCCGCAUGCCCCUCCUCACCGAGGAAGUCAGGGGGACGGAAAAGAUCCAGUCCUUCUCCAAACUCCUCAUUGAGCCGUACCAGCCCCCCGCGGAAUAG